CUUGAGCAGAGCAGACUCAGCCUGGACCUUAGCAACAAAUUCUGGACUAUGAGGCUGGUGGAGCUCUGGAACAGGUUCCCCAGGGAGGUGCUUGAGGCCCCUUCCCUGGAGGCAUUCAAGAUGAGGCUUGACGGGUCCCCGGGUGGCCUGGGCUGGUGGAGAUGUCCCUGCUGAGUGCAGGGGGGCAGGAGCGAGCGAGCUCUGGAGGCCCCUUCCAGCCCAGACGGUGAACUUGCCGUCGGCGGCGGCAGAGCGGUGGCCCUGCUGCGGGCACGGCGCGGGGCUGGCAUCGCUGAGCCCCGCGGUGCGGCGGGCGCGGCAGUUCUCGGCUGCCCUCGCUGGCGGGCGUGCGGGCGUUGGGCUGGCACCCGGGGGAACGAGCAGGACCUGUUUGCCACGGGGCCGCCGCAGGAAUGUGGGAGGCUGGCAGCCGCGGGCGGGUCCCGUGGGGACGCGGAGCGGUGCCGCCCGCACUGCCGCCCGCACUGCCGCCCGCGGCACCCAGGCGCCCGCACCAUGGCCCCGCUGCUCCUGCUGCUGCUCCUGGCCACGGCCCACGGCCUGGAGACGAUCAACUACACCCCGACGCUGGCCAGCGCUGACCUGGGGGGGCAGAUCACCACCUCCACCUUCGUGCUGGAGCAGCCUCGCUGCGUCUUUAAGGACCUGACCACCGAGGAGAUCUGGCUGGUGGUGGCCGUGCCCGACGCCGUGAAGGACUUCAACAACAGCCUGGCACCGGGGAGCCCCGAGCGGGCGUUCCAGGAGUUCCCCGACGCCACCCCUGCCUACAUGACCCUCAACACCACCCUGCUCAGCUACCCCUGCCCCAAGCCCUCCGGGGACAUCACGGUGCUGCGGGUGGGCAGCGAGACCAGCUGUGCCAACGACGCCUCCAGACCCAGCUGCAACGGCCCCCUGCCCAGCCCCGGCACCUACCAGGUGAAGUUCCUCGUCUGGAACGGCUCCAGCCCUGUGGCAGAGACGAGGUGGUCAAAGCCCAUCACCCUGCGGACAGCCAAGCAGCCCAGCAGCAUCCCAGUGCCGGGCAGUGGGCACAGCGGUGCCAUGAUCGCCAUCACCACCAUCCUCUCCAUCCUCUUCGCCAUCCUGCUGGCUGGCCUGCUGGCCAUGCUGGUCUUCUGGGGCUCGGACACCUGUGGCUGCAGCAGCAGCUUCAGCAAGCCGGAGGCGGUGUCGGUGCGCAGGUACAACACCCACCACGUCUACGACCAGCCAGCUGCCCGCCUCUGAGCCCCGCCGCGGCGCUCCGCUGCCCCCUGCCACCCCCCAGCACCUCAGCACCUCGCCCUGCACCUCUGGGUGCCCUCGCGAUUGCCCCACCGGCGCCGGUGGCACGAUGCCCACCGCCGUGGGGGGCACGGCCGUGGACCAGCGCCGCAGGGAGCUGUGAUGGAGCAGGAGAGGAACCAUUAAAGGCCCUUCCGAGC